AUGUCAUCUAACAUGCCAACCCAGCCCUCCGAGGCACCACCUUCGUACGACCAGGUGAGCGGCUCUUCUCGACCCGCCGCCUCCAACACCACCACCGCUUCCGACUCGAGCCAUCUUGGUGUUCCGCAGCAGAACGAUGCAGCAGCAGCUCGCAAGUCGAUGGAAGACAUGCUCCGUCCUUUGCCCAAGGGCUGGAUUCGUCAAUACGAUCCAUCGACGCACCACAACUUCUUCGUCGACACGCUCGCCAACCCUCCUCGGUCCAUCUGGGUGCAUCCGUUCGACGAUGAACAGUACCAGAGGGAGCAUCCUAGCGAGAUUAAGAAGGAGCGCGAGAGGAUCGAAAGGGAGCACAUGGUCCACGCCGAUACUGAUGACGAGGACGAUCGCCCGACGUCGUCUGCCAAACAUCAUUCCUCUACUGCCACCACCAGCGCAGCUGGAGCUGGUCCCGGCACCAGUGCAGCUGACAGCAAUCCCAAGGGAAUGAAAAAGUUCGGUCGAUCGCUCAAGGACAAGCUCACCAACACCACCCACGCCGAACGAGAGGCCAAACGUCAAGCUCAGCGCGAAGCAGAACAGCGCGCCUACCAACAACACCAGGCCAUCCGUCAAGCCCUCAUCACCGCCACCCGCACGGGUCAACCGCAGCUGGUCGGCAGAGACAAGCAGGGUCGCGAGAUCUUCGCCCAACCUCCCCCACCAGGCGCCUACGGCGGCGGCGCCACCCUCGGCUACGGCCCCUACCAGACCUUCGACGGUCCCUACGGCGCUUAUGGCCCUUACAGCAGACCCAUGGGUCCAUACAGCAGACCGUACGGCGGUAUGGGUGGUAUGCCCCUCCUCGGUGGUUUGGCUGGUGGUAUGUUGUUGGGUGGAUUGCUGUUCUAA